CCAAAACAACCCAUACCUUCCUCAUCUAUAAAUUAUCCUCUUGAUGACAAGAAGAGGAUCCUAAUUCCAAUCCAAGAUCAAGAAAAAUGUGGCUUAACUUAUCUUCUUCUUCUUCUUCUUCUUCUUCUUCAUCCCUCUUAAUGUUCUCUCUCUUCUUGUUUACCUCCCAUGCCUUAGCAGAACAAGAUAUAAUCGAUAGUACUUGCCAGAAAUGCUCAAAACAUGACCCAAACAUUGCUUAUAACUUCUGUGUAACCUCUCUUCAAGCAGAUCCUAGAACCUACCGUGCCGAUCUUCACAAACUUGGAUUGAUUUCAAUCAAGUUAGUUCACCACAAUUUGACAACUACAAGGCAGCGUAUUAAGGAGAUGUUGAAGGAGAUGGCGAAUGAUCCAUACAUAAGGGCAUGCUUGGAUGAUUGUUUGGAGCUUUAUUCUGGCGCUAUUGACAAAAUCAAACAGUCCAUCCAAGAUUACAAGUCCAAGCACUAUGAAGAUGCUAAUAUUCAUAUUAGUUCAGUAAUGGACGCCUCCAACACUUGUGAAGAUGGGUUCAAGGAGAAAGAAGGUGCAGUUUCACCAUUGACAAAAAGGAAUAACAAUGUGUUUCAGCUGUCUGCUAUAGCACUUACAAUAAUCAAUAUGCUUCAAUGAAAAUGUAUAAUAAUAAUAAAAAAAUAUUAAAAAUAACUAGGUGUUUUCUUGUUCCUUCAUUUGUCUGUUAUGUGUCUUUGUUAAAUCAGGAAGAAGUUGUAAUUAUUUGUUUGUCUCCUUGUUUUGUUCUUAUGAUCCUACAUUCGGUGAAAAAUUAAUUUGAAGAAAC